AGAGCCAAAGAUGUCAUGUGAUCAGCUGUGUCCAAUCACAGCUGAUCACUGAUCAUCAGAGCACUGAUGAUCAGUGCGCCCUGAUGAUAAGUGUAGCCCCAGCAGUGCCACCUGUCAGUGUCCAUCAGUGCCAGCUGUCAGUGCUCAUCAGUGCCACGUGCCAGUGCCCAUCAGUGCCACAUAUCAGUGCCUACCAGUGCAAAUCAAUGCCACAUAUCAGUGCCCAUCUGAGCUGCCUUUCAGUGUCACCCAUCAGUGUCACCUAUCAAUGCCAAUCAGUGCCACCUAUCAGUGCUGCCAAUCAGUGU